UUGAUCGUGUCCUCAAGUGCAACAGACUGCACAUGAAACAGCUAUACAGAGUGCCCUUUGAUCGCAACUCAGACAGAGUCAAAGAGCAAAGAUUCCAGUAUGUACAGAGGGUUUUUCAACUGGAUGCAAUGGAAAGACCCCAUGAAUACAUCUACAUGGAUGAAGCUGGGUUUAAUCUCACCAAAAGGAGAAGGAGAGGCCGUAAUGUGAUUGGCCAUCGGGCCAUUGUUGGUGUUCCUGGGCAGCGUGGUGGCAAUGUCACAUUAUGUGCUGCCAUCAGCAAUCAUGGGGUUGUCCACCAUCAUGCCAGCCUGGGGCCCUACAACACUCACCAGCUCCUCAUUUUCCUCAAUCACAUGCGAGAUGCUCUGUUAGGGCAGCAGGAUGAGCAUCCCAUCUAUGUUGUUGUUUGGGACAAUGUGAGUUUUCACAGAGCCCUCCAGGUUAGAGAGUGGUUCAAUAUGAACCAAGGUUUUAUCAAUCUUUGCCUUCCACCGUACUCCCCUUUCCUAAACCCCAUUGAGGAAUUCUUCUCCUCAUGGCAGUGGAAGGUAUAUGAACGCCAACCUUACACCAGGGUAAAUCUCCUGCAAGCCAUGGGACUUGCCUGUGGUGACAUAGGUGUGGAGGCAUGCCAAGCCUGGAUACGGCAUGUCAGGGUUUUUUUCCCCCCCGUUGCCUGGCCAGACAAAAUGUGGCCUGUGAUGUGGAUGAAGUCCUGUGGCCUGACCCAGUACAGAGACAUGAUGCUGUGGCUGAGUAAUGCACUUAUUUGUAUAUUUUUGUACUUUUAUUUUUACAUGGGCUUACUGUACACAAGUGGCAAACGCAUAAGAUUUGUUUGUUUUUACAAGUGCUACGUGUAAAUGCACAAGAUUUCUGUUUUGUCUUUUUGUACAAGUGCUAAAUGCACAGGUUUUUUUUGUUUUGCAACAUGCAUUUAGCCUACAGUGAACAAUAAACAUUUAUUUCUCCAGCUUCA